AUGCGCCUGCAGCCGAGUGUUUUUGGCUCCGCUGUGCCGAUCUUGAAUUUCCCAGAGUCGCGUGUCUACCGCUUCCAGUCACCAGCAACUCGCACUGUCCGGUAUUCUUCUUUCCACCACAUUCAUUGCAGACGAUAUGCAUCGAUAGCAGAAGACCCAUCGCCAGCCGACUUAUCCUGGCCUGCAAAUUCUUCCUUUACGCCAUACGAUAUCUUCCGCCAAGAACGGACAGCUCCGUACUCAAAGCGACGAUAUUACGAGCUAGUCAAGGUUUAUCACCCGGAUAACCAGCAUAACGACCAUCCGAUACUGAAAAAUGUAUCAGAUGAGGUCAGGCUACGACGCUACCGUUUGAUCGUCACUGCCCACGAAAUCCUAUCCGACCCGGCCAAACGAGAUGCCUACGACAGGGACGGUUCCGGAUGGGAGUGCCAUCCAGACCACCCAAACCCGAGAGCAUAUCCGCAGACAUACAGCAAACCCGCCGAUUACGAUGCCUCGGUAUUUCACAAUGGGACCUGGGAAGAUUGGGAAAGAUACCAUAACCGGCACCAGCCGAAGCAAGUGCAGGUCGUCUCGCACCGAACGUUUAUCACAUUCAUAGUUCUCAUCGUCGCCUUUGGGGGCUUUGCGCAAGCAUCGUGGAUAACCCAGAAUCAGAGCAGUUUCGACCGACGAAUCCAGGAAGUUAAUAUCAAGUCGGCGCGUCUACUCGCAGGGCGUCGCCAGCAGACCGAUAACCUGCCGUCGGCGGACAAGCGUGUCCAGCAAUUUCUCAUACAAAGGGAUCCGACAAGAAAGGUCGAUCUGAUUCAGUCAAAAGUCGAUGAUGUCGCCCUCGCCCUUGCAUGGCGAAAACUCGGCGCUAACCGAGUUGUGGGCUGUGAUUGGCGGCUCAGUGCCGAGGCUCCUAUUACAAAGAAGUUCUCCUCACCAGAAAUCUAUUUGUCAGAUCCCUUUGUUGGCCAUGGCCUUGUCUAUUUGACUUCUGCGAUAUCACGCAUACUCUCGUUAUUCUCGAGGUUUCGGUAUUUGUGGUGUUGCUGUUGUCCUGGUAGAUAUCCCGCAAUGUCGAUUCUGGACAACCGUACAGCAUUGCUCAAGGCAAUGCUGGUGAGAAUCCCGCUGAUUCUUAAAACGCUGGUCUUGCAUGGCCUGCAUAUGUCUCCUGUGUCGGGAAAGCAAGACUUGCGCACGGAAAUGACGAUAGCAGUCAUUCGAUCAUUCAUAGACAUCUCUACGCCCGUGGGCAAGCAGCAGCGUCAGUCAAUGAAAGACCCCGGUAUCAAGGGUCCCAUGUGGAUAUCAAAGGUGGAAUUACCAGCACCAGGCGAUGCAGUCCGUGAAGCUGUCAUAAAUGCCGCCAACCAACUGAAAAACGACGAGUCUCAGACAUUUGAAACCCCUCCAGUCCUGUCUGUGGAGGCCGAAUGGACUGGGUAUCGCAGUGGCGUUGAAAAGGAUGCUCUGCAGCCAGAAAUCUCCGAGGAAGAGAAGUAUCUCGCUUUAAAGGCAGAUGCAAAGUCUGAUAUGGUCAUCUUUUACAUUCAUGGAGGUGCUUUAUAUCUCAUGGACCCGUGCACCCAUCGAGUGCCCUUGGCGCAUCUCUGCAAGCUUACAGGUGCCAGAGCUCUGUCUGUUCGCUACCGACUAGCUCCUCAGAACCCAUUCCCGGCUGCCCUGGUAGACAUUCUCACAGCUUACUUGAGCCUCAUCCACCCCCCGCCUGGCUCUUUCCACGAACCUAUUCCAGCAAACAAGAUCGUCAUUUCUGGCGACUCCGCCGGUGGAAAUCUAAGUCUGGCACUAUUGCAAACUCUUUUGACUCUCAAAAGAUCGGCACCAACGGUACAAUUCCAUGGGAAAGAUGUUCCCAUAGAGCUACCAGCUGGUCUAGCACUGUCCUCGCCGUGGUGUGAUAUCACUCGUAGUAUGCCCUCUAUCCAAAAGAACGCCAAAUAUGACUACAUAGACCCUCCCCACGAACCGGUCGAGACACUUUAUCACCCGCCACCCCAUGACUCGGACGACGUCUGGCCAUCGAACCCACCUCGCAGCGACAUAUACUGCAACGCCAGCAUGGUGACACACCCACUAGUCUCCCCCCUCGCCUGCCCCAAGGAACUCUGGAAAGACGCACCCCCUAUUUUCAUCUCUGUUGGCGAAGAGGGCCUGGCCGACGAAGGCCUCCUGACCGCGCGCAAAUUCCAUCAAGCCGGCGUGCCGACCAUCGUCGAUUGGUUCGAAGGGAUGCCGCACUGCUUCGCACUGAUUAUGGCCGGCACUGCGGCCACAAAGCUCUUCUUCCAGUCUUAUUCUCAGUUCUGUCUGGAUGCCGCCGCGGGAGCUAUCGAUGCUUCCUCCUCGCGACGUGGAAAUGUUGGGGUUGCGACUUUUCAUCAUUUUGGAUGGCACUCAACUAAGCUGGUUCCGCUGGAUGAGAUUCAUGAAUUUAGUGAUCUGGAUAUUGAGAAAGCACUGCAGCAGAGCAAGGUGAAACGGGUGACUGCGGAAAAGAAACUUAUCGAAGAAUGGCAGGUCAAGGCGAAACUAUAG